AUGGCAGCUGUCUUAUGGCAACUCAAGACCAUAUCAACGGCAACAAGAGGACAUAUCAUGCCUGCUACUCUGCCCACAGAUGAGGCAACACCAUAUCCAGUUGUCCUCACAGACUUGAAGGGAGACAAUCACCUCAGGACAUUUCCAGUGAUGCACAUGCGAAUCCCCCACAAAAGGGCAGUGGCUAUUAGUUCGUUUUGGUGGAAAAACAGCGGCAAAAAGAAUAUGAAGCUAAAUAUAUACAAAAGCAGCAACGAAAUCCGGCGUCCGAAUUUGUCCACGAGUGUUGCUGCUAAAAUGAGCCCAGGAAUCUCUAGGCUUGAAUUCGUCUUUAAACCAGCCAUCCCACAUUUACUUUGCACAUCACCUGUGAACCCUGGAAUCAGUAGCACAACCCCAAAAUACACAAACGCAUUCGCGAAAAAGACGGCCCAAAUGAGAAGAGUAGUUCUUAAUAAGCUCGACGAGAAAAGUGUGAACAAAGACCGAAAUCCUGUUUUUGUAACAUUUUCCGGUAGCAAUGGGAUAUUCUCUGAAUGA